AUGGAAGCUCACGGCGGAGGUCUCCGCCGCGUCCUGGUGCUAGCCUUCUGCGUUGCCGGAAUCUGGUCGGCGUAUAUCUACCAAGGCAUUCUUCAGGAAACACUGUCAACGAAACGAUUCGGUCCAGACGGUGAGAGAUUUGAACACCUAGCAGUUUUGAACUUGGCGCAGAAUGUAGUGUGUUUAAUCUGGUCAUUUAUAAUGAUACAGGUGUGGGGUGGUGGAAUUUCUGGUGGUGCUCCUUGGUGGUCUUAUUGGAGUGCUGGUAUUACUAACACCAUUGGUCCUGCUAUGGGAAUUGAAGCUUUGAAGUAUAUUAGUUACCCUGCUCAGGUGCUGGCAAAGUCCUCAAAAAUGAUUCCAGUUAUGCUGAUGGGUUCACUCGUAUAUGGUAUAAGAUACACCAUUCCAGAAUACCUUUGCACCUUCCUUGUUGCUGGAGGGGUUUCAACAUUUGCACUUCUAAAGACUAGCUCAAAGACUAUCAACAAGCUAGCACAUCCAAAUGCUCCACUUGGAUAUGGGCUGUGUUUCUUGAACCUUGCUUUUGAUGGAUUUACUAAUGCAACCCAGGAUUCCUUAAAAGCUAGGUACCCGAAAACAAGUGCUUGGGGUAUUAUGUUGGGCAUGAAUUUAUGGGGAACCAUAUACAAUAUGAUUUACAUGUUUGCAUGGCCCAGUGGCAGUGGAUAUGAGGCGGUUCACUUUUGCAAACAGCAUCCAGAGGCAGCAUGGGAUAUUUUUCUGUAUUGCUGCUGUGGUGCUGUGGGACAGAAUUUUAUCUUCUUGACCAUAAGCCGGUUUGGCUCCUUGGCUAACACCACCAUCACUACCACUCGCAAAUUCGUUAGCAUUGUGGUAUCUUCACUAUUGAGUGGGAAUCCCCUUUCAACUAAGCAAUGGGGGUGUGUUUCUAUGGUAUUCUCUGGAUUAUCAUACCAGAUCUACCUCAAGUGGCAGAAGUUGAAGAGAUUGCAGAAGAAAAAGAAAGCCACGUGA